AUGUCGUUUGCGCCUCUGCUUAGACGCAGCGCUUCCACUAUUGGAAGUUGCGUCUGCAACCGGCACGCUGCUGCUGCUGCUGCUGCUGGAUCGAGUCGAUGGAUGACGACGACAGCGACAGCGACCGCGACCGCGACCGCGACCAGCAACGGCGUCCCUUUAAAGUGCUCACCCCAGCUCGCAAGCAGUGUCUGCUCCUCUCGCACCUUUUCCACCUCCACCGCGCAUCGCACAGCAGCGGAUGCCAUCACCGCGUUCCCCCCGGCCGAGUCGGCAGAGCACGCAGAGUUGUUGCAGCAAGCGAAAGCCAGACUGCUAAAGCUUGGCUUUCAUCACCAAGAGUCGUUUUGGGAACAGAGGAUAUGCUGGGGCGAUCACGACUGCGUGAGUAUCGCAUCGCGCGAUGGGCCGCGCAUCAGAUGAGGCAAUGACGAAUGCUCACGCCGCACCUGCACUCACGCACACGCACACGCACACGCACACCCAAACACCAGUUUCAGCACGGUGAGACUUUGGAGCGGGGGGGGCGUGACGUUUUUUUUGAACGCCAGACAAUGACACUCUGGCAUGCACGCCAACUCACACGGCGCUGUGCGUGCCUCUACGCCUCCUCUGCAGUGAACAAUGUGCACUACGUUCGAUUUGUAGAGUCUGCUCGCAUGCGCUACGGAGAAGUGUUGGCCUCCAGAUUGACGUCGCAGAGGGCACAAGAAAUCGUCUAUGGAACAGGCAAAGGCAUGAUCUUGGCAAAGGUUUCAGUCAAGUACAUUCGACCCGUCACUUAUCCCGACACUGUGAGCGAGCCAGCGAUGAUUGCCUCUCGCCAGCGAUGCUUGCCUCUCGCCAGCGAUGAUCAAGCCGCUCAUUGUCCCAUUUCCUUUUCCCCCCCGCUCAGCUGCUGGUCGGCACUCGUCCAGUCUUGCCGCUGCAAGGCUCGGACAGGUUCACGCUGCAAGCCAAUAUCGUCAGCUUGAAGCAGCAAGCACUCGUAGCUACGGCUGAACAGCUGUGCGUCAGCUACGACUACCCUGCGCUGACCAAGUGCGACUUGCCUCGAGAUUUCAAAGACGAGAUUGAAAAGAGCGGCGCGGCACCGUCACCGUGA